AUGUGGUCGGUGAGCCAUGAGGCAAUUUCUUAUGGAGAUCAUGACAUGGUCAAAUCAGUCAUCAUGCAUCGUGACCAUCAAAGAAGUAUAAGAGGAGCUCACAGUAUGAAGGAAAGCUUACAAACUUUGGAAAAUUCCCCCGAUUUUUAUUGUGAGAUGAGUUGGGAGUUUGCAAGUUGGGUACCAUUCAUCAGUCGAAUGUGUCCAUCAGAUACUUAUAGGAUAUACAAACAAGGCUCGAAGGUUAGGAUUGACACUACUCUAGUGGGAUUUGAAGCCUCUAGUUGGAAAAGGGGUAACCAAACCUAUAUAUUUCGUUUGGAUGAUGAUGCACCACAGUUCAUAAUUAUCGAUCACGAAGCUAAAACGGCGACUGUGCAAACACUUCGCGAUGACGAGCCAUUGGAAGAGUUCGAGCCAGCUGAAAGUGCUGUUGAAUUACGGAUGACGACGCCAAUCUCCACUACCUUCAUCGAUGUGGAUAAGAUAGGGUUUGAACGCUCAUACCGCGGUGGCCUUCUUGGUUGGAUUAGCAGUACUGAGAAGACAGAGACUAUUGAUGAGUAUGAGUGCAAGGUAAUUCGAUUCUUUUUGAUGACGACGCCAAUCUCCACUACCUUCAUCGAUGUGGAUAAGAUUGGGUUUGAACGCUCAUAUCGCGGUGGCCUUCUUGGUUGGAUUAGCAGUACUGAGAAGACAGAGACUAUUGAUGAGUACGAGUGCAAGGUAUUUAAUGCAUCUAAUGUAAAUCUUGUGACUAAAACUAGGAAAGAGCACUUAUCAGGAGAGGAUUCCAAUCGUGCUAGACAGGAAGAUGGCUCAAAUCUACUUUCCAACCUGUUAAGCACAAUUGUUAGGACUGAAACUAGCGAAGAGUCUACCACUGAAAAUUUGGCUGAUAAAGGAUUGACUGUAGAUGAAUAUCUUGACCCGGAAUUCCCUCUCAAUGGCGACAUUGGUAAACCGAAACAAGUAACCAAGAAGUCCAAUAAUUUUAAAGCAACGUUAUGGCUAGCGGAAGACUUUCCACUUUCGUUUCAAGAGCAAGUUAUGCCUAUAGUUGAUUUGAUGGCCGCUAAUAGUGCACAUUUUGCUCGUUUACACAAUUUCAUUCGAAUGCAGCUGCCUGCUGGUUUUCCUGUUAGGAUAGAAAUUCCUCUUUUCCAUGUUGUUAGUGCUAAGAUCACUUUCGGUCAAAUUAACGAACCCGGUCCAUUCGUGACUCCUCUGGAGACUACGGUAGAAUUCUUGCUUUGCUUCUAUUUUGAGUUUAUUCUCCCUUAUCCAUCUGCAGCAUCGAUUUAUAGAGCAACUUGA